AUGGAGCUCGCUGGAGAUCAGCCACGCUGGAAGGCACCGUGGCAGGAGAUCAGGACUGAUCAGGAGAUAUACAUCGAGCAGCUCGAGCGCAGGCUGGCAUCCUACAAAGCGCGAGGUGGCAAGCUGCCUUCGACGAGCGGCCCUCAGGAUGGCCUGGAUGAGCUCGACGGGGCAGCUUCUGACGAGCGUGCGGCCUACAGGACGGAGGAGGACACAGAAGGCCUGCGCUUGCUGGGUAACUACUACCCUGACCGAGAGCAAGCGCUCCUCGACGCCCGGCAACCGCCAGAGACGGCAGAUGAGAGCAGUGACGAUGACACUCAUGCAAUGGCUGAAGAAGAUGGCGAUGAUCAGCACCAGGAGCAGCCCUCGCUGUCCGGCAAACGUCACAUCAGCUUCUCCUCCCAGGUCCGCAUAUCAGGCGGCAUCAAGCGCCCUUCCCGUACACGCGCAGCGGCGAAGGCCUCCAGAUCUUCCUCAAUGACAGGCCAACCCCCGAAAUCGUCUCUGCAGAGUAUCGGCAUGGGUCAUCCUGGCAGUAUUCUUGGUCGCUCCAGCUUCUCUGCCUCCUCUCGCAUGAUUGCGUCCCCUCUGCCGAGUGGCCUGCAGCCUCCCCCAGGGGCAACAGGUCCGGAGACGCUUUCAAGGCGAUCUUCUCUGUCUGCAUCAUCUGCCAUCGUCUCGAGAAGCAGCGCUGGUAACUCUGACAUCUCGCUACCCAGAUCCACUUCUACCCGCGACCUCACGUCCUCGCCCCAUUCGGGCUCUUUGGCCCCCUCGCGAUCGUCGUCUCCAUGCUCGUCCAUCUAUGCACCUCUCAGGAACGCCUCUGUCUUUGCACCCUCGCCCCAGAGGAUGCGAUGGCUCGCAUUAUCACUAGCCAGUGGCGUGCCGAGCAGUCUGGCUCAACACGCUAGCCCUUAUCGGCGACAUCUAUCCGGUCCCGAGGGCGAUGCAAACUACAAGAAGCUUUUACAAGAGCAGCACAGCAGGCGUGGACGCCGAUCCUCUCGUCUGUCCACGUCCGUGCACCCGGACGGCGAUGCCGGACAGUCGCGCCAUGGGAGCUGGCAUCAUCGUCUGUUCAGAUGGCGUCCAUGGUCUGCCUCAAGCGAAGAUGACGAUGGCGCGACCAAGCCAUUGGCUCCGUCGACGUUCGGCAGGAGCAAGAGACGUGGCUCAAGCGUUGGUCGAAGCUGCUCCCCGCUACGCAGUUCGUAUGGCGCCCUCGAUGGAGCAGACGGACUGUCAGAUGUCAUUCCAGAAUCGGAGUCCGAGCUCUCCUCAUCCGCUGACGAUGAGGUCCCACGCAAGACCCAAGCUGAUGUGGUAUAUGGUCCCGCGCCCAGCAGAUACUUCACUGGGCGGUAUUGGGCUCAUCAAGCGAAUGCGUCUACACGCUUAUUCAAAAGGGCCGUUUGUUGUUGUAGUCUCGAAGAUGAUGAUGUAUAA